AUGCAUGGGUUCAUGCUCAAGCGCAAGAAGCACGUACCUGAGUUACAGCUUACAGCCUUCCACCUCGAGCAUGAGAAGACUGGAGCGGAAUAUCUGCACGUUGCCAGAGACGACAAGAACAACGUCUUCUCCAUUGGAUUUAAGACUAACCCCCCAGAUCAUACAGGUGUUCCCCACAUCCUUGAACACACCACGCUCUGCGGAAGUCAGAAGUAUCCUGUUCGAGAUCCUUUCUUCAAGAUGCUACCCAGGUCUCUCUCCAAUUUCAUGAAUGCCUUCACGUCCUCCGAUCACACGUCUUAUCCUUUCGCUACUACGAACCAGCAGGACUUCAAAAAUCUGUUGUCUGUCUAUCUGGAUGCUACAUUUCAUCCCCUGCUGAAAGAGAAUGACUUCACUCAGGAGGGUUGGCGGAUCGGACCUGAGAACCCCAAAGCCAUCGCGAAUGGUCACGCCGAAAGCGGCACAGAUGACAAGUUGGUCUUCAAGGGCGUGGUAUACAAUGAAAUGAAAGGCAUGGUUUCAGACGCAAGCUAUCUGUAUUACAUCAAGUUCCAAAAUCAGAUUUUUCCAGAUAUCAACAAUUCAGGCGGCGAUCCCCAGAAAAUGACUGAUCUCACCUACCAGAAUUUAAAAGAUUUUCAUUCGAAGAAUUAUCACCCGAGCAAUGCUAAAAUAUUCACCUACGGCGAUACGCCUCUUGCGGAUCAUCUGCAAGAAAUGGGCCAGCAGUUGGACCGAUUUGAAAGGAUACAAGCAGACACAUCCAUCAAGCCACCAACGAGCCUAGAUAAUGGGCCCCUAUUCUACACUGUCAAGGGACCUGCUGAUCCAUUGGUGGACAAAGACAUGCAAUACAAGACAUCUACUUCUUGGCUGAUGGGUGAUACUUCGAACAUACUGGAGACAUUCUCACUAGGCAUCAUGUCAUCAUUGCUCCUUGAUGGCUACGGUUCUCCAUUAUACCAAGCUCUUAUCGAAGCUGGUCUAGGCCCAGAUUGGAGCCCAAACACCGGCUACGAUAGCGCCGGCAAAAUAGGAAUCUUGUCGAUUGGCCUCAAUGGUGUAAGAGAGGCAGAUCUCCCGAAGGUUAAAGAGGCUAUUCAGUCUAAGUUGCGUGAAGUCCAUCAAAAGCGCUUCGAAAAGGCCAAGGUGGACGGCUAUUUGCACCAGCUUGAGCUGGCUCUGAAGCACAAAACAGCCAGCUUUGGCAUGGGUCUCAUGCAACGAGUACAGCCAGGCUGGUUCAAUGGGGCUGAUCCAUUCGACGCUCUAGCUUGGAAUGAUAUUGUCACCGCGUUCAAGCAACGGUUUUCCGAAGGGACUUACCUGGAGGACUUACUUGAAAAGUACCUUCUCAAUGAUCGUACAUUGACUUUCAUCAUGGAGCCUUUAGAUACUUACGGCGAAGAAUUGGCCAUUGAGGAAGCUACGCGCUUGGCGGUAAAGAUUUCCGAGGUGACUAGGGAGGCAGGCGGAGAGGCUGAAGCUCAAAAGCAGCUUACAGCACGUGAGCUCGAGCUACUUGAGGUUCAAGAGAACGCGAGCGAUCAAGAUGUGAGCUGUCUGCCUAGUGUCCAUGUUAAAGAUAUCCCACGUCAAAUGGAGAAGAAGCCAGUCCGAGACUCAACGCUAGGGGAUGUCAAGAUCCAAUGGCGAGAAGCCAGCACGAACGGACUGACCUAUUUUCGGGCCAUCAACACCCUUGCUGGCCUCCCGUCAGAGCUACGUAUGCUUAUUCCGCUUUUCAAUGACUCGAUCAUGCGGCUUGGUACAAAAGAUAAGAGCAUGGAGCAGCUUGAAGAUCUCAUCAAACUGAAGACCGGCGGGAUAAGUACAUCCUACCAUUCUUCACCUUCGCCGACGGAUAUGAGGACAUCCGUGGAGGGGCUGUCUUUCUCUGGAUAUGCACUGGACAGUAAUGUGCCUGCCAUGUAUGAAUUGCUCCGGACCAUUCUCCAGGAGACGAACUUCGAUGGUCCGGAAGCCGAAAGCAAAAUCAGGCAGCUGCUUCAAGCUGACGCGAAUGGUGCGUUGGAUGCUGUCUCAGGCUCUGGACAUUCCUAUGCUCGGAGAUAUGCGGAAGCAGGGCUCUCCGGACAUAGCCUACUGAAUGAACAGAUUGGAGGUCUGACACAGAUUCAACACACCGGAGAUCUAGCCAACAGACCUCCCAUUGAGAGUUUCGGCGAUGUCAUUGCCAAGUUGAAGGCUAUCCAACACAUUGCUAUUUCCAAUUCGUCAACCUUCCGAGCAGCACUUACGUGUGGACAUGAGUCCGUCUCUUCCAAUGAAGCAGCACUGCAACAAUUUCUCUCGGGAUUCCCUCAGUCUACCAGCAUCCCCAAAGAUGAGGGGUCUAUAUCCGGUGAGAAAUUUAGACCGACGACCUUCUUCCCUUUACCAUAUCAAGUCUACUACUCGGCCCUCGCCGUUCCUACCGUAUCGUACACUCACGCUUCUGGUGGCCCCUUGCAGAUCCUUUCUCAACUCCUCACUCACAAACAUCUGCAUCACGAGAUUCGUGAGAAGGGUGGUGCCUAUGGCGGUGGGGCUUACUCCCGAGGUCUGAGUGGCUUGUUUGGCUACUAUAGCUACCGAGAUCCCAAUCCACAGAGCACCUUAAAGGUCAUGCGGGACGCAGGUCGGUGGGCUCGAGACAAAGAGUGGACAGAUCAAAACCUCGAGGAAGCGAAGUUGAGCGUCUUUCAAGGCGUCGACGCUCCUGAAAGCGUCAGCCAGGAGGGCAUGACCAGGUUUUUGAGUGGUGUGGAUGAGGCUAUGGAGCAGACUAAGCGCGAGCAGCUGUUGGACGUCAAGAAAGAAGAGAUACGUGAGGUCGCUCAGCGGUACCUCGUGGAAGGUAUGAAAGAUGCUAGGAUCGCAGUCCUAGGCGAGAGGAAGGACUGGGUCAAAGAGGAAGCUGGUUGGUCGAUCAAGAGCAUGGAGUUGAGUAAAGCAUCGGAAUCAGUGGGAGCCAGUGACUUGAGUCCUGGUGAUCUAGGCCACGCCUGA